CACCGCCCUGCGACGCUUGGGGAGAAAGCUCCGUCACAGCUCGGGAGACCUCCAGGCGAUUCCCGAGGAUGUUGAGGCUUGGGGGCGCGCGCUCUCAGACGGUCUGUCAAUCCUGUAUGCCUCACUCCUUCACGGUGCCCCCUCGCCGUAGCCGUGCUUGGCUCGAGCAUUCCAGGCAGUGCCCGGCGCCCUCGCGCGGCGGUGACCCUCGGCCCACCUGUUUUGCAGCAGUAGCCGCGCAAUGGGCGCGGUGGGGAUGUCGGGGCCAGCAUCGGGGGCGCGGAGAGGGGCGAGCAGCAUCGUUAUCAUGGCAGCCACCGCGGCAGCAUGGUCAUGCCCCCCGAGCGGCCAGGGCGCAUGCUGGACUGGAUGCAGCAGAGGCGAUGAGCCAGAUCUUCUGGGCGCGCGAGGAGAAGAAACGGCAGAAGCAGGCCGAGAGGACGUGCCGCCGGGUGGCGAUGGGCACGGUCGCAGGGAUGCGCGGCUUGAAAGGCUCGGUGGACAGGGGCAGGCACGAGGUGAAGAAAAAGGACAAGCAGAGACCGUUUAGCUUCCUCAGGUUGGCGGGCAAGCGGAUCCUGGAGCCCGCGCUCUCGGGUUCCUCGUCGGGGGGUGGCGCGGGCGUGGCAUGGGGGCAGCAGCAGCAGUGGCGAGUGCGGUGGCAACAUGGGCCUCGGCAGGAUCAAGAAGCACUUCCUCAAGAAGAAUAAGAAGCAUGACGAGGAGAGGCCGCACAGAAAGAUCAAGCAGGCGAUCCAGAUGCUACGGGGCAUGAUGAAGGCCUCUGGCAAUGAUAACAUGGACGCUGACGUGAGUCAUGACGAUGAUGACCACUUUGAACAACUAUGUGGUAGUGGCAACAAGCUGAAUGACCAGAAGCGCGCGGUGGUGAAGCUCCUGAUGUCAUGGAACAAGCAUCCUGAGAAGGUCAAUAUCGAGGCCCUCCGCAAGGUAUGGCGCCAGGUGCCCACGGGCCAGAGGAUGGGGUUCCUCAGCGAGAUGCGCGCGCUUGCGAAGAACAUCAUGGACAGCGAGGCGAACAAGACAUCAGGCUCUGCAGGCCCCUCACGCGGACCUUCCAUGACCGCGGUGAUCAUGCCGGGUGAAGCUCCAGUGGUCGAGGAGGCCAGUAACGCGGUGCACCCUGAGAUCCCCAGAAAAAGAUGCUCUCGAACGCAGACAUGUCCGGCUGGCCGGUGGAUGAUGAGAACAGUUGGGUCGAGACUUUCGUUAGGGAGACAGACGUCACCCGGGCUAGACUCGAUGCGAUCCUUGAGAAGAACCAGCUGUCGACCACAACGGGGCGUGACAAAACAUCAAAGGUAUUUCAGAUCACCAGGGAGUUUCGCAACCAAUAGCUAAUAUGACGAUGUUCCGAAUGAUAGCCAGAUUCCUGCGCAGAUGAUUGCGCCGCAUAGCACGCCCGAUAGGCAUUGCCUGGCUUCCAGUUGGAGCGUGCACAGAUCUUUUUGCAUAUUUACUCUACCUACUCCCGUUCUGCCCAGAAUGGAUGGGCAGCCCGAUGGCGCUUCUGGCUAGCCAUGCGAUUAUUGUUGCUGUUGCCUUCGUUUCAGGGCGGGCGCGGCAGCAGCAGCAGCAGCAGCAGCAGCAUAUUGCAUCUGUACCUCUCCUAUUUUCUCAGAUCUUGUGCCAACGUAUGUGCAGCUUGAAAUCGAAAUCAAAUAUGAAGUAGGCUCUUUGAUUGUAGAGAGCCUGCGAUCACUGGCUAUAGGUUUCAUGAGCAUGCUUCUACUAGUCUGUCGAGUUCCACAUAUAGUUGCACGCGCUAUCCUCUGCCUGCCGCUCACUUCGUUUGUCAUCCCACUUUCCCUGACCCUUGGCUUGCUAUAGGGUCCCCGGCGCAGCGUGAGGGCGCAAAGGCCGCGCGCGGUCCCAACGCCGUGGCCGCUAGGACUGCCGCGGAG